GGGAAAGAGAGUUACCACAAUGAGACGCAAUUACGAGACCGCUCUUAAGCUCUUAGAAGCCCGAAAACGACCAGCUCGUCCAAAGGAUACAGCCUUUGCGACGCCGCAAGAGGCAACGAGUCCCGUUAGCAACCAAGCCUUGAGGGGAGUGCCCAGCUUGGUGGGGAUGAAAGAAUGGUUGCAACUAAUUGGACAUUCGGACCGAGACAUCGACAACUUGAACAUAAUUCAUAUAACUGGAACGAAAGGCAAAGGUAGUACUUGCGCCUUUACUCGAUCCUUUCUUCUUGCACACGGUUUACGGACUGGGUUUCCAAGCAAGAUUGGGCUCUACACUUCUCCACAUUUGCAAUUUAUUCGGGAGAGAAUACAAAUUAACGAGAAACCAAUCUCCGAGGAGCUCUUUACAAAAUACUUUUUUGAAGUAUGGGAUAGCCUCGCCUCAAACGGCCAGCGGGACACUGUUGAAAAUCCCAGGCAACCACGUUAUCUGCAGCUUUUGGCACUGUUAGCCUUCCAUACAUUCGUUAGAGAAAAGGUGCAGGCAGCCAUAUUUGAGACUCACCAUGGCGGAGAGUAUGAUGCUACAAACGUGAUCCAGAGACCCGUUGCGGCAGGUAUCACAUCUCUCGGAAUGGACCACAUCACGCAGCUCGGUCCUACGGUCGAAAAUAUCGCUUGGCAUAAGGCCGGAAUCUUCAAACGGGGGGCACUUGCCUUCUCGGUGCCUCAGGAACCCGUUCCUAGUGAAGUCAUGCGCAAUCGUGCCGCAGAGAAGGGGUCCGUUUUGGAAUUUGUGCCUGUCAACGACUCCCUUCCGGUAAAUGACAAGGCCUUAAGUGUACCGGUUCAGCGAUUAAAUUGUUCUUUAGCCAUCAGACUCGCUCGCGCCUUCUUGCAGGUCAAGGCCCUGGGGCAGGAAUUGAGCGCCGAUGAUAUUAUCAAUGGGGUCAAAAAUUUUUCGUGGGCUGGACGGUUCCAAAUUAUCGUUGAUGGACACUCCCAAUGGUUCUUGGACGGUGCGCACAAUACAUUGAGCAUCGGGCAAGCUGCAGUAUGGUUUGCAAGGAAUACCAAUCCGCCUAAUGAGAAGAUGUAUGUUACAUUGCCUCAUUUUAUAUUCUCGCUAACGCAUUAUAUUACCUAUUUUAGACUCCGUGUUCUUAUUUUCAGCCACUUUUCAGCAGAACGUGACAGUAUGGAACUUUUGAAAUGCCUCGCACGUUCUCUUUUUGAAAAUGGUGUGAGGCCUGACCAUGUGAUAUUUACCACUUACGAUGAAAGGGAGGAUGAAUCCAACAAAACUCUCAAGGUUUCUGGGACGCCAUUGCCAGACUUUUGUGCGAUGCAUUCGUCACUGUGGAAGGAUCUUAACCCAGAAUCUCAGAUUUCAAUUGAACCAACUAUUGAAAGAGCAAUAAAGCGUGCUAAACAACUAAGUGCUCAGAAGGAUGGGUCACAAGUUCUAGUGACGGGCAGUCUGCACUUGGUUGGGGGAGCAGUAAACCUCCUGCGGCCAUGUACACCUAGCCAGAGUUGAUAAGAAACUGUAUUUAAUUAUACCAUUCAACACGACGUCCAGAUUCAAUAAUAGGGAUGUGUGGAAUGUUGUCCGAGGCAAACUUUGCAUCCAUCCGCAUGGAGUAUCGCAGUCCAGCAGAGUCACAUACAUGACUCCAGCGCUGCAAUAGAUGAAAUGAAUCAUUAGUUGGAAGUGGUGUGUGGCAUUGGAAGGAUGCAUA